UUCGUGGAAUGAGUCGGACUUUCCAUCACUAGCGAACUGAACUUAAGGAGGCGUGAUUUGAGAAUUAUUAUGUAGCUUUUAAACAAUAUAGAGGGAGCGUUAUCAAAUUGCUAGACUAUACCUUGUUCAGUAUUGUUUUGGAUGGAAGCAUUUUAAUCUGAGCCUCGAUUAAGAGCCGAACAAAUGGAAAAACAAACAUCCGGCGCGACCUUAAAAUGUGACGUCAGUGACUAGCACUCAUGCGGCUUUCAUUUACGUCAACAACACACAUCUCCCAAACUGAGGCUUUAUGCAUUUUUCAUAUGGACUGUGAUGCUCAGCCGCUGCACUCUAGGAUUCAAUCCAAAAUAUUCUUCAUAAAGCAGACAAACGAAACAAAAGGAAAAGGCGUCCAUCAGUUCAGAGUCCUAGAGUGAGGCCCAGGCUCCAGCAGGCCUUGGAGAGCACCGGCAUGAUGGAGGGGGGUAUGCAGCUGCUGAACCGGGAUGGCCACAGCAUCUCACACAACUCCAAGCGCCACUACCAUGACUCCUUCGUGUCCAUGAACCGCAUGCGGCAGCGCGGCCUGCUCUGCGACAUUGUGCUUCAUGUGGCCAACAAGGAGAUCAAGGCACACAAGGUGGUGCUGGCCUCCUGCAGUCCAUACUUCCACGCCAUGUUUACAAGUCAGCAGGUGCCUGGUUUUUCCUAUUGCUCGUCAGCCCCGCUGCACCUCAGACUAGAGUGUGAUGAUGAGAUGUCCGAGAGCCGUCAGACCCACGUGACCCUGCAUGACAUUGACCCUCAGGCUCUGGAGCAGCUGGUGCAGUACGCCUACACUGCCGAAAUCGUAGUAGGAGAAGGAAAUGUGCAGACCUUGUUGCCAGCAGCUAGUCUCCUGCAGCUCAACGGAGUAAGAGAUGCCUGCUGCAAAUUCCUCCUCAGCCAGCUGGACCCCUCAAACUGCCUGGGCAUCCGUGGCUUUGCAGACACUCACUCCUGCAGUGACCUUCUCAAGUCAGCCCAUAAGUACGUCCUGCAGCACUUUGUUGAGGUCUCGAAGACUGAGGAGUUUAUGCUGCUACCUCUCAAACAGGUGCUGGAUCUGAUCUCCAGUGAUAACCUGAAUGUCCCAUCAGAGGAGGAGGUGUACAGGGCUGUGUUGAGCUGGGUCAAACAUGACAUUGACGGGCGGAGGCAACACGUGCCCCGGCUGAUGAAGUGUGUGCGUCUGCCCCUGCUGACACGAGACUUCCUGAUGAGUAAUGUGGAUACAGAGCUGCUGGUGCGUCACCACUCCGAGUGCAAAGACCUGCUGAUCGAGGCACUGAAGUAUCACCUGAUGCCUGAGCAGAGGGGUGUGCUCAGUAACAGCCGCACCCGACCACGUCGCUGCGAGGGAGCCAGUCCGGUCCUCUUCGCCGUAGGUGGGGGCAGUCUUUUUGCUAUUCAUGGAGACUGCGAGGCCUAUGACACCAGGACUGACCGCUGGCACAUGGUUGCGUCCAUGUCAACACGGCGGGCGCGAGUCGGAGUGGCUGCUAUCGGAAACAAGCUCUAUGCUGUGGGCGGGUAUGAUGGGACCUCUGAUUUAGCUACUGUAGAGUCGUAUGAUCCAGUAACCAAUGUGUGGCAACCUGAAGUGUCAAUGGGAACAAGGAGGAGCUGUUUAGGUGUGGCGGUUCUUCAUGGGUUGCUAUAUGCAGCAGGAGGAUAUGAUGGUGCUUCCUGUCUCAACAGUGCAGAGAGGUAUGACCCUCUGACCAGUACCUGGACCUCCAUCGCUGCCAUGAGCACCAGGAGGAGAUAUGUUAGAGUGGCCACAUUAGAUGGCAGUUUGUAUGCCGUUGGUGGGUACGACAGCUCCUCACACUUAGCCACAGUUGAAAAAUACGACCCUCAGAGUAACGCCUGGACUGCCAUUGCCAACAUGCUGAGCAGGAGGAGCAGUGCAGGGGUGGCUGUACUGGAAGGCAUGCUUUAUGUUGCGGGGGGCAAUGACGGUACAAGCUGCCUAAAUUCAGUGGAACGGUACAAUCCAAAAACCAACACCUGGGAGGGAGUGGCUCCCAUGAACAUCCGCAGGAGCACCCAUGACCUGGUCGCUAUGGAUGGCUGGUUAUAUGCGGUUGGAGGCAAUGAUGGCAGCUCUAGUCUCAAUUCCAUAGAAAAAUACAACCCUCGUAGCAACAAGUGGGUGGCGGCGUCAUGCAUGUUCACGCGCCGUAGCAGCGUGGGAGUCGCUGUCCUGGAGCUCCUCAACUUUCCACCUCCGUCCUCUCCUACACUUUCCGUCUCCUCCACCAGUCUUUGACAAAGGGUAAAAACCCGGCUUAGCUCUAGCGGCCUGCCCUGCGUGGCAAAGAGGCGCAACUGCUCUGUUUGAGCACCAGACGAGGAGUGUUUCGUGGGCCACAGCGGCCUCCCUCUGCCUGGAGGAAUACUGCAGCAUUCCACAGCUCAUGAGGGUAAAAAAGGAUGAAAAGAAAAAUCACACACUCUCACACACUCUAGGCCUCCACAACUCUCACCCUAUAAACCCCAGUGCUUGAAAGUGCAAAAUAAUGUUGCUCUGCCAUUUUGCUGUCACUUUGUGUAUGAUGUAUAUCUAAAUGUAUAUUUAAUUUAUGUUUACGAUUCUUUUUUGAAAUAUUAAGAAAUAAUAUAUAUAAAAAAAAAAAAAAAAGUAUGAACAACUUUAGGAAUGUAGCUCUUGACAGGUUCUGCCAUGCAUGUUUACAGAAAUUUCGUCUUGGCAGAACAUAAUAAUGUAGUGCUGCUGUGCCACACUAGGUGGUAGUAACGUGCAAUGCUGCCCUGUCUCACCACAGAUGCGCAUGGACAUUUAGAAGCAGAAAAUUCUCACAAAGCGGGGGCUGGACUCUACACUACAUACAGCUGAGUGUGGUCAGAUCAUGUUGAUAACAUAAUAUAUGUUUUAUGUAUUUUCCUAUUUAUUUAUCAAAUGUAAUAUAAACAUGACACUAUUUCAGAGAUGUCUGAAGGACCACCUCUGACUUAAGAGCAGAGAUAUAGUUUUAACAUACUAAUGGACGUACUUAUUGCAUAUCAGAGAAGCACUGGUGUUUGGUAUGAAAUGCGAGUGGAAGGGAGAACAGGUUUUAUCUAACGGACAUGUUCGGUUUGGUUUCUACAGUCAUGUAUUACAAGCUUUUGAGAGUUUGAGCUCUACAUGAGUACAAACUCAACACUAAUGACAUGUCUAUAUCACUAACCAGGAGAAAUGUCUUUCUAAUAAAGACUAUAGCCAUACCUAAAAACUAGCUGUGACGUUAAAGCUGCACUUUCUCAUUUCUCAUGUUUUUGAAAGGGUGAUCGGUGCUCAGAACUAAUCCUGGUUAACUAACGGGUAAUCAGUCAUACUGACACUUCAAUAUCAAGCCCUUCAAUGUGAGUAACUCGGCUAUUAUAAGCUCCUAUAUGUUGUUUGUCACAUUUAUUCGUAUUUUGUCGUACGUCUUUGGUUAGUUUCCAAUGUUGUUAACAUUGAACCAUGUCAUUGUAUAUUGCAUUUUCUAAAUUCUGUUUAUUUGCCAGGAUUGUCAGCUUUGAUCGGAUCUAGAUAGUAUGUGUUGUGCUGUGAUGUCAUUGGUAACAGCCACUACCAGUGCAUCUUACCUCAGAUGGGCAGAUGAGUGAACGGUGGGUUUUGUAAUUAGUUCAACUGAUGAGAGCACAGAUCACCCCAAAACGGGGGAUAGUUUCCACAAGAAUUAACAUUUAUGACUUUCCAAACCUGUAUGACGUUCCUUUCUACGUAGAACGCAAAAAGGAGAUAUUUAGAAGAAUGUCGAAGCUUUUUUUUUGGAAGUAAAUAUGGAAAAGGUAUAGUCGUAUGGAAAAAGAGCAGCUUGGACACUCUGCUAAAUAUUCUUUUAUGUUUCACAGAAGAAAGUAAUGCAUACAGUUUUGGAACAACAUAAGGGUGAGUAUGUAACAUUUUUGUGUGAACUAUCCUUUAAGUAAAAUCCUGCUCUCUGCCAUUGUAUGUAGGUUUUAAAAUGUAGCGUAGUAUUAUAUGAUUUCAAAACUUCUAAGAAGUUAGGAUUUUAUUUCCUUUUUUUAAGGACUAUAAUUCAGAGAAACAUGUUUAGGUCAGUAUAAGUUUAUGUCCAGGGAGAUCAGAGUGCUGCGCAUUUCUGUAGAGGUGAAGCAUCCUGCACUGACAAUACAUAACACCACAGGACCACAACCCCACAGAAAGGAAUUACAGUAUGUACAUAACCAAAUAUCCUGAAACUUUGUGCAAUGUCAAUGUAACUGGCUGUCUUUUCUUUUGUCUUUUUUUUUUUUUUUAUUGUAAUGUUGUUGAAUGUGUUAUAUUGUGCCGGUUAUGUUUUGCUAUAUUUAAGAACAAACAUGAAUUUUUUGCACUAAUGUCAAAUGGAGCAAUAUACUGCUGUAUAAAAUCAAAACACUACUGUAAAUGAAAUAAAGCUGUUUUCAGGUGGAACGAGAGUUUAAUCUCAAUUGAACAAAUAGAUUGACAUUAUUAAAGGGAUGUUCACCCAAAAA